GAUUUGUGUGCCGCGUGUGCCGCGCGGUUCAUCUUGGUUUGAAAUUGAAAUGAUUAUUGCUACAUAUCAACCAUUCUGAAAACUCAGGGCUUUUUGUCUUGAGUUGAGGAAGAGAUGUGAAAUUGAAGUAAGGAUUACUUCUGAUCCAAAUCCUUUGUGCCACUAAAUGAACUUGGUUAGUGUGUGACUUUUCAAAGCAGCAGUUCUUGGUCCUUGUUAACAUUGAACUAGUUUUGCAUCAUAGAGUGCUGAAGGUAUAUGAGAAUAUUACAGACCAGGCAUAAUAAAUAUUGGCUGUAUUUGAAGAUAUUCUGUGUCAUCAUGUACAGAAGAUGGCCACAGCAAUGGAUGGUUUCUCAGAGUAUGGGUCUGGCCUCUCCACCGCCUGUGGUGCCCUACCUGCGGCCGGGCUCGGCGUUCUGCCGACCGCUGCCGCCGCCCGUCAGCGAGAUGGAAAUGAUGAACUACCUGUGGCAGAGCGUGCUCCGUCCCCGGCCGGGCCGUCGGCCGCCGCCUCCCGCCGCCGCCGGCCGCUGGGAGCAGCCGGAGGACUCUGCAGAGUCGGACGCCGGCUCGCGCGCCAGCUCCCCGCCCGGCGGCCGCCGCCAGGGCACCAAGCGCGGCUGCUCGGAACCGCCCAGCCCGCCAGCCGACCAGCGCAGCAAACGCGGCCGGCGCGCGCCCGACGGCGCGUCGCCAGAGGACACUGUAUCGGAACAAAUCAAGAAGAUUUUCGAAUCUUGUCGCCAGGGUGAUGCGGUUUACAAGAACAAGCUGAUUUUGAGAGAUAAAGUGCGGAAGGUAUUGAGGGAUCUGUACAACCGCUGCGAGCUGCACAUCGUCGGCUCGUCGUGCACCGGUUUCGCGUGCGAUACCAGUGACGUGGACAUCUGUCUGUUUCUGACGGAGGCGCGCAUCGACCAGCAGCACGAGGCGACGCGCAUCCUUGGACAGGUGGAGCGCCUGCUGGCUAAAGACCCCGACUACCGUAUGGAGCUGAUCCGUGCCAAGGUGCCCAUCCUGCGGUUCCUCUCUGUCUCCACGGGCAUCCAGGUGGAUCUCAACUGCAACAACCUGGUGGGCAUCCGCAACACCCACCUGCUGCAGUGCUACUCCAGGGUGGACGAGCGCGUCUGUCCGCUGAUCGUCAUAGUGAAGCUGUGGGCGCAGUCGCACGACAUCAAUGACGCGUGCCGGUCCACGCUGAGCUCCUACUCGCUGGUCCUGAUGGUCAUCCACUUCCUGCAGUGCGGUGUGUAUCCGUCGGUUCUGCCGAACCUGCAGCGGAUGUGCCGGGCCAAGUUCCGGCCGGGUCAGCCGAUCCGGGCCAUUCCGAAGGACGACUACGUCACAAACUUUGUGUCGCAGAACUCUGACAGCCUGGGCAGUCUGUUCCUCGGCUUCCUGCGCUACUACGCCUACGAGUUCAACUUCCACUCCCAGGUAGCGUCUGUUCGCACGGGCUCGUGCCUGCUCAAAUAUCAGUGCCGGGCGGUGGCCACCUACAACAACGCGCCCGGAAUGUGGAAAUACGUCUGCGUGGAAGAGCCAUUUGAUCUGACCAACACGGCGCGCGCCGUCCACAAAGCCGAGGCGUUCGACCGAAUAGUGCGCGCGUUCGUGGACAGUCACCGGGCGCUGUCGGACGGCGGCCGGCUCGGCGCGGCGUUCGGGCCGUGCGGACGGCCGCUGUUUGACGACCCCGAGUAGUCGCUGCGCCGAGAGCCGAGAGCCGACAAAUUCCGCGUGGGGCCGCCGCCGAGGCCGGGCCCGGCCGCCAUCAUGUCCACUGUGAUUCCUGUGUACCUGCGCCCCGCCAGUGGAACGGGCCGCCCGUCCGCCCCGGCAGCCCGGUCCGCCGUGACCAAAGACAAAAUAGCUAUCGAGUUGGUGGGACCACAAAUACAGGCCUGCCGCAGCCUGAGCGCUGCCGGCUCGCCGACUAGUUCGUCAGAGUUUUAUUGUCCAUUAUAGUCAAAUAAAUAAGUUUAUGCAGAAACUGA